AUGUCGCCCGCCGCCGCCGCCGCGCUGCUCGUGGCCGUCGCGCUGCUCGCGACCGCAGCCUCCGCCGCCCCGGAGCCCCGCGUGCUGGAGGAGGACGCCUACCUCUCUUGCCCGGAACUUAUCACAAAGUACGGGUACCCGGUGGAGCAACAUGAAGUAACCACGGAGGACGGAUACAUCCUCACAGUGUUCCGUAUUCCGUAUGGGAAGACAUCGACAACCAAGACAGCCAACCGUAAACCCGUCUACGUGCAGCAUGGCCUCCUCUCCAGCUCCGACGACUGGAUUCUCGCCAGGCCACAGAGGGCUUUGGUUACUAAUUAG